CAGUCCUGAAAGGAUUCGGUGAUAGUUGAUAUUCAAUUCGAAGCUUAAUUGCUCGAAGAACAAAUUUUUUCUUUGUGUGUUUUCUUCGAGGAGAAUAAUAUCAAGGUCGCUGAGUAUGGCGAGAGACAGCUGUUUGGCUCGAGUUACUGCCGGAGUUGCCGUUGGUGGCGCCGUAGGAGGAGCCGUCGGUGCUGUUUAUGGGACUUAUGAGGCCAUUAGAUUUAAGGUCCCAGGACUAUUGAAAAUUAGGUAUAUUGGACAAACAACACUUGGAAGUGCUGCCAUAUUUGGCCUUUUCUUAGGGGCAGGGAGUUUGAUACAUUGUGGAAAGUCAUAUUAAAUCACAAGGUUUUGUAAUUGGAUCAGAUAAUAUUGUUUCUUUUUUUUUUUUAAUCUUCUUUUAGAUUCCUUGCUUUUCAACAUGAAGUUUGAGUUAGUGCAGUUGGUCAUUUGUUUAUUUAAAGGCUUCCAUUUGUGGUUGUUGGUUAAAAGAACAAAGUGGUCAAUUGAUGGUGAUAUGGUUUCACCCUAUUUAGAUGUCAUGAAA